AUGUCGGCGGAUGCCAGCAAUGUUUCGACUCCCCCUUCAAUGCCAGCUCUAAAAAAGGAAUCACCAAUAUGGGAAGCAUCCCCUCAGGGUUGGCUGGAAAAUAUCGCAGAGCCCACUCCUUCGGGCCCAGACACUGCUCUGUCCCCUACACUGUUGCGGUCAGCUUCCCGAAAGUGGGCCAAGAGAGCAUUACGAAAUCCGCAAAAGCAAGUUGCAUGGCUCCAUUGGCGCCGUGAUGUAAUACACAAAGCGGUGGAAAUCUAUCUAGGUCUAGAGGCAAAGAAGGCAGGAUGCGUGCCCCUUGCCGCCCCCAGCGAGACGUCGUAUGAUAGAAACGGAAAACUGCAAACACCAGCAGCAUCGCUGUGCUCCCACUGCAAUACAUCUUUCCAGUUUCAUUCACUCAUGACGAUCGCAUUCUCAGGUGCCACGUGGCGGACGUUCGAAUAUUGCAAAUGUCCGUCCAAUACUCUCCCGCUUAGCAUCAUCCAGUCUGGCUACUUUCCAGGGUCACCUGUAACGCCCCAAGUUGCCUUUCAUUUCGAUGUCCUUUCGCUGUAUUCAGCUUUGCAUGUGGACUCGUACACCCCGAUUGCCUCCUUUCAUGCCACUUUGUUUGCCAUGUUACGAGAGAAUGGUUACGAAUUCACCCACAACGACCCCUUUCUGCAGUCGUUUAGCAAGGCGAUAACAUGGUUUCAAGCCCUAUGUGACUCGGUAGAGGUUGAAACGGAGAGAGAGUUUCUCCUACCCACAUCCCCUGUGGCACCCAAUGCACCGCUAUGUCGUUCCGCGCCGGUCGAGUCCGCUGCGUUUACCCAUGUCGCUCCUGCCCACAACGGCGAUCCAUCGGUCACUGCAUCCCAUGGCGUGAUGACCGUUAACCACGGCAUCUGUCAUAUCCAUACAAUCCUGACCUCCGCUCCGGGCUCCCGGAACUCCGAACUCCGACUUCCGGAGCCCUACUUCCCUUCCGUCACCUUCUCCUUGCCGACUCCCAAGAGGUUAUCCCACCUCCGGCUCAGACACCACCUUCGGUCCGACUCCGGAACAUUCCGGGUCCGACCCCAACCUCGACACCUUCCAGACGAGUACGCAAAACCUAUGCUCCCGACUCCGGACCUCUGCUCCGGAAUCCCGUUUGCGUCUCCGUCUCCGGAACCUCCGGUCUUAGCUCCGACCUCGGACUUUGACCCCACCUCCGCUUAUACCCAUUGUAUUGGUUAG